UCCUCACCCCCCCUUCUCCACCGGCCUCUUUCCCGGCUGCCUUCCGGCCUCUCCUCCCCUCUUCCUGGCUCCAGCCUGGGCCUGAAUGCGGAGAACCCUCCGCCUGUGAGAGGGCAGCCUCGUCCCUCCCCUCAGACACGGCAGCACCCCAUAAACCCUCCUUCUUCCCACAGCUUCUCCAUGAGCUCCGACUUCCAGCAUUACAGCUUCAGAAUGCCCAACAUCGGGUUCCAGAACCUGCCCCUCAACAUCUACAUCGUGGUGUUCGGCACGGCCAUCUUCGUCUUUAUCCUCAGCCUGCUCUUCUGCUGCUACCUGAUCAGGCUCAGACAUCAGGCCCACAAAGAGUUUUAUGCCUACAAACAGGUUAUAUUAAAAGAAAAAGUCAAAGAACUGAAUCUGCACGAGAUCUGUGCGGUUUGCUUGGAAGACUUCAAAGCCAAGGAUGAGCUGGGGAUCUGCCCGUGCAAGCACGCCUUCCACAGGAAGUGCCUCAUCAAAUGGUUGGAAGUUCGAAAAGUGUGCCCGCUUUGCAACAUGCCCGUGCUCCAGCUGGCGCAGCUGCACAGUAAGCAGGACCACGGACCCCCCCAGGGACCCCUCCCCGGGGCAGAGAACAUAGUAUAG